GAUGCCGCUGCGCAAGAAAGAGGACUAUAUCCCCAUCAAGUGUGAGGGCUGGAACGGAAAGUUCGAGUAUCCGGACGGAGCCGUCAACAAUGUGUCAAAGAUCCGUCGCCAGAACCAGAACGUGACCAAUACCAACAACUUCUACGGCUUCAGCUCGGAGCCCAUUGUCCUGCCCACCGAGUGGGACGGGACCUUUGUGAAGAGCGGCGAGACGCGCAUCAAGCAGGAGCGCAAUCGUUCCGAUGACCAGGAUUACUUCGACUACAACACUGAGCCCACUGUGCUGCCGCCCACUUGGAGUGGCGAGUUCGUCACCGAUCCCACCGAUGUGCGGAUCAAGCCGGAACGUAACUUCUCCGAUGCCCGGGAUUAUGCGGAGGCAGCCCGCUUCAAAUUGGUCCAGCACUGAGUGAGAUCCGAUCCUCCCCCGUUUUGAAUCCAACUAAUCCUGCAAAUGUUGCGUUUGUUUUGGUUUCUCAUCUUACCUUCCUAACCUAAGCGUUCGUUGUAUUUUACCCUUUAUGAUAUUUAUUCGUAUACUUAAUAAACAAUAGCAAAAAAGCAAAACACUGAAA